AAAAGACGAGGAUCACACAUCAGCACACAGACUGAAUGGCGUUCUGGAUCAGCGUUCCUGAGAAGUGUGUGUUUCGCAGUCAUUCGACUCCAGUCAUAAUCAAGGCCGCGGCUGAUCCAGCGGAGGAGUCUGCGCGGCUUUAGUCCUGGAGCGUAGCCAGUGGGACGAAUGGAGAUGGAGCGAUACCUGGGAGAGAGCGCCGGUGCUCUGGCCAACAGCACCAACAGCACGGCCACACCAGGAGCGGCGUUCCCCGCGGAGGUGCUCUCGCAGCGCUUAGCCGUGGUGGCUCUGCUAGCGCUGCUGACGCUGCUGACGGCCCUGGUGAACGGCGCGGUUAUCGCCGCCAUCUGCACCACCAAGAAGCUCCACCUCCCGGCGAACUACCUGAUCUGCUCGCUGGCCGUCACAGACCUGCUGGUGGCGGUGCUGGUGAUGCCCGUCAGCAUCUUGUACAUCACGGUGGAGGUGUGGCUGCUGGGGCCGUUCGUGUGCGAGGCCUGGCUGAGCGUGGACAUGACCUGCUGCACCUGCUCCAUCCUGCACCUGUGCGUGAUCGCGCUGGACCGCUACUGGGCCAUCACUAAAGCCAUCGAGUACGCCCGCAAGAGGACGGCCCGGCGCGCCGCCGCCAUGGUGGCCACCGUCUGGCUGAUCUCCGUCUUCAUCUCCAUCCCGCCGCUGUUCUGGAGGCAGCGCGGCGACGGCUCGCAGCAGUGCAUCAUCGAGCACGACCACGUGGGCUACACCAUCUACUCCACCUUCGGCGCUUUCUACAUCCCCAUGACCCUGAUCCUCAUCCUGUACUCGCGCAUCUACAGCGCCGCGAAGACGCUGUACCAGAAGCGCGGCUCCUCGCGGCACCUCAGCAGCCGCAGCACCGACAGCCAGAACUCGGCGAACCACUGCCGGGUCACGCACGCCUUCUGCGUCUCGGACGUGUCCAGCUCCGACCCCGCCGCGGAGAACACGGCCCGCGCGCCGCCCUUCGACAUGGAGGCGCCGGAGCUGGACGAGAGGAACCAGAUCUGCACGUCCCGGGAGAGGAAGGCGGCGCGGAUCCUGGGCCUGAUCCUGGGAGCCUUCAUCCUGUGCUGGCUGCCGUUCUUCCUGAAGGAGCUGCUGGUGGGGCUGAUGCUGCUGAAGCCCUCGCCGCAGCUCUCCGACGCCCUCACCUGGCUGGGCUACGUCAACUCCCUCAUCAACCCGCUGCUCUACACCAGCUUCAACGAGGACUUCAAGCAGGCCUUCAAGAGGCUGAUCCGGCGCAAGGAGCACACAUAGACCGGAGAGGGAUAGCACACGCGAUGCGGUGUCCUUGGGGACAGCGUCAUUGAAAUCCAAUGAAAAACCACCGGCUGCUUUUCUAGCGCAUCAUCGUUUCAUUCCUGAGCAACGGCGGGAAAGGCACAGUGGUGUACUUCCUAAUGAAACUGAGGUUCGGGCGGGACACAUCCAAAGGGCUCGUUCGGUGUUUUUCUAUGUGACUAAUAGGUCAUUAUUUCAUCCGCAUUCUUGGCUGAAGCAUUUGAUUGGUCAAAUCUGUGUUGUGCAACAUGACGAGUCAUUGACAUUAUUAUCUGUUUUCCAGGAGGAGAAAGACAAUAAAAAUACUUGUA